UAAAGACGCGCAAAGUCCGAGGUCUUACGCUACCUUGUCAUGGUCGGCGUUUUUACGAAGUUUGUUGCCCGUGGAUUGUUUUGUAGAAAUAUCGUCCUGAGACAACUCACUACUUCCAAAUCUAUCGCGUCUUCAAAUGCCAGAUUCAUUUCUAACGCUGAAAAAUUUCGAAAACCAAAUUACAAAUAUUCGCUUCAUCGUGAACCUGGAAUAUCUGAGUUGAAUGAUAUCGAGAGAUUUCUCCGUAAACAAAGAAUUAAGGGUGCGUUAUACAGUGCUGAAGUAAAUGCACAAGCUACUGAUGGAUUUUGGGCUAGAAUUGUUAAAGCUGGCGAUCCUGAUCUUGUUGAGAGAUAUCUAAAUAUGACAGCCAGAUUGGGACUUCCUAUUAACCCGGAAAAAAUUCUAAAGGAUCUACGAGACGCUGGUCUGACUCCCACUCCCAGAGUGUAUGGCUCGUUUAUACAUCAUAGCUGCUCUGCCGGAGAUAUGAACCGAACAAGCCAUUAUCUAGGUAUGCUUCAGAGUGCUGGGUUCAAGCCUACUCGUUUUAUUUUUUCUCAGAUUCUGCAUGGUUACGUGAAAGCCAGACUCCCCGAAGAAGUUAUUUCUACGCAGGAAUUAUUAUCUCAAAUAGGUUUAUGGCCAUCUAAAUUUGCAUAUGAAGGACUUUUGUUUGCUUAUGCUGAUAUUAGUGACGAAGAAAGCUUAUUACGAACUUUGGAUGAGGCUUAUACUGUACUCCCUUCAAUAACGGACAACCAAGAAACAGAAUAUUCUAAUGAGAUUUCAGCUUCUGUACUCUUGGAUAUUUACACGAGGUUAAUAUGUUCGUUGCCAAAUACAAAUGCAACUUGUAAUGAGAUAUUGAAAAAACUGUCUGCGAUGGAUAGAUUUCCGUUUGAUUUUGCCAUUGACUCUGUUAAAGUACUCUUAGCAAAAGGCCGCCCAGAUGCUGCUUUGGAGAUUUUUAAAAUAAAUUAUUCUCAUGAACGGAACAAUAAUCAUUUAUCUUCACUGCCUACUUAUGCUGUUGCUGGUGGUUUGACUCCUAAAGCAUUAGAACCUUUCUGGGAAGCAGCUGAUUUGGACAGUAAAGAACUGCUUAUACUUAGGAAUAAAUGUAAAUUAAAAUUCAAUCGAACUGGCAAAACCAAUGAAUUGGGUAAUCAAUUUCAGUCUUGUUUAAAUGAAAACAAUAUAGAAGGUGGUCUUAAUUUAUUGAAAAAUGUACCAAAAAACAAAACAUUCAAAAAGGAUUCUACACCGGCCCGCAAAAUCCCUCCAUGCAAGAGGAGCAAGCCCAGUGGGCAGAGCUAG